AAUUUUAUUAUGUCAGAAUUAUUAUUGACAUUUUCGAGUAAAAAACUAAAAUAACUUGUGUAAUGUAAUCAGUAGAAAAAAUUGUAAACAUGGCAAAUACAGGCUUAUUGCCGUUUGUGCGGGGAGUUGAUUUCACGUGUAACGAUUUCAGCGACGAUAAAUUUCCUGAUGCUAUUCGCUAUAUGACUGGAUUGCAAUGGUUGAGACUCGACAAGACAAACCUUUGUGAUAUACCUGAAGAACUAGGAAAGUUAAUGAAAUUGGAAAACCUUUCCUUGAAAAAGAACAAUCUAGAAAAGUUAUUUGGUGAACUCACAGAGUUAAAGUGUUUGAGAUCUCUGAAUGUCAGGCACAACAAGGUGAAGACUUCUGGGAUCCCGGCUGAACUUUUCCAUCUAGAAGAACUCACUACCUUAGAUCUGUCACAUAAUAGGUUAAAGGAAGUCCCUGAGGGGUUGGAGAAAGCUAAAUCUUUACUUGUAUUGAACCUCAGCCAUAACAGAAUUGAAACAAUCCCACCAACUUUAUUUGUCCAACUAACUGACUUAUUAUUUCUGGAUCUAUCUCAUAAUCUUUUGGAGACCCUACCCCCUCAGACUAGAAGGUUGGCAAACCUGCAGACUUUGAUACUCAAUGAUAAUCCACUUGGAGUUUUCCAGUUGAGGCAAUUACCUUCACUUCAAAGUCUAGAGACACUGCAUAUGCGAAACACACAAAGAACUCUUGCCAAUUUGCCGACAUCAUUGGAAACACUCUCAAAUCUUUCCGAUGUGGACUUAUCAAAGAAUGCAUUAACGAAAAUACCAGAUGCCUUGUACACGUUGUUGAGUCUCAAAAGACUGAAUCUUAGUGAUAAUGAAAUCUCGGAAUUGUCUGCAGCAAUGGAUACAUGGCAGAAACUAGAGAGCUUAAAUUUGUCAAGAAACAAUCUGACAUCACUUCCGGCGUCUUUAUGUAAGCUGCAGAACUUAAGGAGGUUACAUGUAGACGACAAUAAACUUGACUUUGAAGGCAUACCAUCUGGAAUUGGGAAACUUGGCGCUUUGGAAGUAUUCUCAGCUGCUAAUAAUUUACUGGAGAUGAUACCGGAAGGAUUGUGUAGAUGUGGCGCGCUAAAAAAGUUGAAUCUGAGUUGCAAUAAGCUGAUCACUCUCCCCGACGCCGUUCACCUUCUAAGCGAUCUGGAAAGUCUUCAGCUUCACGGAAACCCUGAUCUCGUAAUGCCUCCGAAGCCCGUCGAAAGACCAAGGGGAGCUGGCUUGCAGUAUUACAACAUUGACUUCUCGUUGCAAGCUCAGCUUCAACUGGCCGGGGCUGCGUCAGCUGAAAGCACAACAACCAGCAGCGUUAAGUCGGAUCCGAUAGCUCGCAAGCUCCGCCUACGUCGCGGCCGGCCCGAGCCCGAGCAGAAGGACUCGGCGCUGAUCCUGCGCGGCAUGCAGGAGCAAGCCAACACGCAGCACGGCGACAACGUGCUCGACCAACGACACAGCGAACUCAAACCAAAACGCUGGGACGAAAGCUUAGAGAAGCCCCCGCUAGACUAUUCGGAGUUCUUCGACGAAGACACGGGUCAAACUCCUGGACUACAGGUGUGGGAGAUCGAGAACUUCAUACCGGCUCCUGUUGAUGAGGUCGCUCACGGGAAAUUCUUCGAAGGUGAUUGCUACAUCGUGCUGAAGACAGCCGUGGAAGAGCAAGGACAGCUGUCAUGGGACAUACACUUUUGGAUCGGAUCCAAAGCUACUUUAGACAAGGGGGCCUGCGCCGCAAUGCACGCCGUUAACCUACGCAACCUGCUGGGAGCCAAGCGCACGCGGCGCCACGAGCAGGGCGACGAGAGCCCCGAGUUCAUGGCGCUGUUCCCCACCCCGCCGGUCUACAUCCAGGGCAGCCACACUCCGUCAGGGUUCUUCACGGUCGACGACCCGCACUACGUAACGCGCUUGUACCGAGUCCACGGCGCCGGCAACAGCAUCCACCUGGAGCCGGUCGCGGUGCGCGCCGCCUCGCUCGACCCGAGAUACGUCUUCGUGCUCGACACCGGACUCAUAAUUUAUCUCUGGUACGGUAAGAAAGCUAAGAACACCCUCAAGUCCAAAGCUCGUUUGUUUGCGGAGAAGAUAAACAAAGAGGAGAGGAAGAACAAAGCGGAGCUGAUCGCGGAACCGCCGGGGAAGGAACCCAAAAGUUUCUGGCAGAUAUUGGGGCACGAAGAGGAUGUGCCUUUUGUACCCGAGGAGCACGUGGGCGAGUGGAGCAGCCGGGCGGUGCGGCUGUACCGCGUGGAGCUCGGCAUGGGCUACCUCGAGCUGCCGCAGCCCGGGCCCGCGCCGCUGUCCCGGGGCGCGCUCGCCACUAGGAACGUUUACAUCCUCGACGCGCACCUCGACGUCUUCGUCUGGUUCGGUAAGAAGUCCUCCCGGCUGGUGCGAGCAGCUGCGGUGAAGCUCGCGCAGGAGCUGUUCAACAUGGUGACGCGGCCGCCGCACGCGCUCGUCACGCGUCUCCAAGAAGGGACCGAGACACAGGUGUUCAAAACGUAUUUCCUGGGCUGGGACGAAAUCAUAGCGGUGGACUUCACGAGAACUGCAGAGUCUGUGGCGAGGACCGGGGUAGACCUCGCCAGCUGGGCCAAACAACAGGAGACUAAGGCCGAUCUAUCAGCGCUGUUCACGCCGAGGCAGCCGGCGAUGACGGCGUCAGAAGCGAAGACCCUCGCAGACGAGUGGAACGAAGACCUGGAAGCGAUGGAGGCCUUCGUGCUGGAGGGACGCCACUUCGUCCGGUUGCCCGAGAACGAACUGGGGGUCUUCUACAGCUGUGAUUGCUACGUGUUCCUCUGCAGAUAUGUCUUGUGUCCUGAUGCCGAGGAAGAGAGCGAGGGCUCCAACGUGGAUCACGAGACGGAAGACGACGGUGAAUCCGCCACCUGGGUCGUGUACUUCUGGCAGGGACGUAGGGCUCCCAACAUGGGCUGGCUGACGUUCACCUUCGGUCUUGAGAGGAAGUUCAAGCAGCUCUGCAAGCGCCUUGAGGUCGUCCGGACGCACCAGCAGCAAGAGAGCCUCAAGUUCCUCUCGCACUUCCACAGGCAAUUCGUGCUCAGAGACGGCAAGAGGAAUCUUAAACCGGAGGGUCGUCUGCCCGUCGAGUUGUUCGAGCUGCGUAGUAACGGCUCCGCGCUCUGCACCAGGCUGGUCCAGGUCAAAGCGGAGGCGUCCCAACUGAACAGUGCCUUCUGCUACAUUUUAAACGUACCGCUGGAAGGUAACGGGGAAACGUCGUCCGCCAUCGUGUACGCGUGGAUCGGGAGCAAAAGCGACCCCGACUCCGCGCGACUCAUCGAGCAAAUGGCCGAAGAUAAGUUCAACAACCCGUGGGUCAGCCUACAGGUAUUAACGGAGGGUAGCGAGCCAGAUAAUUUCUUCUGGGUGGCGCUCGGUGGCCGCAAGCCUUACGACACAGACGCGGACUAUCUCAACUAUACGAGACUGUUCCGGUGCUCAAACGAGAAAGGAUACUUUACAGUCUCCGAGAAAUGUACGGACUUCUGUCAGGAUGAUUUGGCUGAUGAUGAUAUUAUGAUAUUGGACAACGGAGAACAGGUCUUUCUGUGGCUUGGAGCAAAAUGUUCUGAAGUGGAAAUAAAGCUUGCAUACAAAUCUGCACAGGUGUAUAUACAACACAUGAAAACCGUACAACCAGACCGUCCAAGGAAACUGUUUUUGACACUAAAAGACAAAGAGUCACGUCGGUUCACCAAGUGCUUCCAUGGCUGGGGGGAUCACAAGCGGCCUCCAGAAUAAAUUUGAACACCGUGUAGUCAAUUGGCUAUAAUUUUACUUUAAUGGUUAACAUCUUGCUGUUUUUUUUUUUUGAAUAAGCACUUUCAACAUAAGAAAGUUUCCCAGAGUGAUAAUGUUACAUGCAUAUGGAGGCCUUAAAUAAUGGACAUGAAAGAGAUAAAAUAUUCAGGAACUCACAAUAGGUAUGGAGACAAAAUAAAAAACACCUAAAAAUUCAGAAAUUCAGCAUUUACUUUGUAAAUAAUUUUAAAUAUGUCUAAUGUUUUGAUUCUCUGUAUCUAUAGAAAUGAAUGUGCAUUCUGGGGUCCAUGGGUUUUAGUAAUCUCUCAACUUCAGGUUUUGUAAAGCAUUAAUAGGAGAUGAGUGUACAUCCUACUUGAUGGUAAGUAGUCACCAUUACUCGUGGACUUGCUUGUUCCAUAUAAAUAUGUUGUGCAUGCAAACAAGGAACUAAAAUUCCAAACAACAUAUUUUUCCUUUAAUUCCUUACCCAAUUUGUUGAUUGAUGGUAAAAUAUUUAAAUAUUUUCCUGUCUAAAUAAAUUACAAUUUAACAUAAAAUAAAACCAUUUGUUCAAAAUGAAAGACUGAAUCAUGCCAUUUUAAUGAACAUUAUUUUAUUCAGAUUUUUUCUUAAUAAUAAUACACAAGAGUAAUGAGAUUACAAGUUAUUUAUUGGAAAGAGUAACUUUUGACUAGAAUAGAUGAUUGACUUUUUGUUACUCCCUUGUAAAGACAUCUUUUUAUAAUAUUGCAUUUAUGUUAAAUACACAACUUUUUAAAAAUAAAUGUAUUCACUGACUUCA